GCUGAAACUGCGCAAAGGAAGGGGAUUAUUGUGAUUGCAGAUGAAGUUUAUCGACACAUUGUUUUUGAAAGUCAAGAAUUUAUACCAAUGGGGAUUUUUGGAUCUCUAACUCCCAUCCUGACCGUUGGAUCACUCUCCAAGAGAUGGCUCAUCCCGGGCUGGCGUGUCGGUUGGAUCGCGGCUUCCGAUCCCAACCGACUCCUUAGUACAUCGGGGAUCAUUGAAUCCAUUCAAAAAUAUCUAUGUAUGACAUCUAGCCCUGCAACCCUAAUUCAGGGAGCGAUUCCAGAGAUCUUCGAGCGGACACCGACCGAUUUCUUUGACAAAAUUGUUGUCACUCUUAGAGAAUCUGCAGAGAAAUGCUACCGACUUACCAAUGAAAUCCCAUGCAUAACUUGUCCCACCAAACCUCAAGGAUGCAUGUUUGUCAUGAUAAAAUUGAAUGUGGCUAUGUUGGAAGGGAUUGUAGAUGAAUUGGAUUUUUGUUGCAAACUUGCUAAGGAGGAAUCCGUCAUACUUCUCCCAGGGAUUGGCGUAGGGCUGAAGGGUUGGAUGCGAGUAACAUUUGCCAUUGAGCCUUCAUACAUAGAUGAUGCAUUUGGAAGAAUCAAAGCUUUUUACCUGAGGCACGCGAAGAAAUCAUACAGUAAUGGCUCUUCAUUUACCUCGUAGUCGUGGUAACUCGAAUCUCUGACCCAGAAAGAGAGUCAAUUCAUCCUAUUGUGUGUUGUGUGUUUGAUCUUGCAGGGUUUGAGUCAUUUAAAUUCUUCUACAUUUUACAAAUCAUUUUGUAUUUUGCUUUGAUUUUCAUCAAGUGUGACGUGAACAUGUAGUAAAGUUUGUGUUGUGCUAAAGUAUUGUGAUUUAUAAUUUAUUUUUCGAUUUC